UUAAUCUGCCAUCGGCUUGCCAUCCUCUCCCUCUCUCACAGCUGCUCUUCAUUUUUCAUCAUUAUUUUUCUCACAGGUGUGAAAAAAAAAUAAACAAGCAAGAUGUCAGAGAAAAAGAUGACAUCGAGUCGCAGGGGUCAUCUGAAGAGCGUGAUGCUCGCGAUUGCCAAAGACCUGCUGGAGAAAGAAGCAGCAAGCUUGAAAACGACAAAGGCAGAGUAUAUGGCAGAAAGCUGCCCUGCUCCGGUAAUGUCUGGGGGUCUUCCUGAGCUGCAGGAAAUGGUUAAAAAGUUGGCUCAGACCAUCGACAAGGUUGAUGAGGAUAGAUAUGAUGCAGAGGCAAAAGUGAAGAAGGCAGACAAAGAGAUCGAGGAGCUGAAGAUGAAAGUGGUUGAGAUCCAGGGCAUAAAGAAGCCAGCUCUGAAGAAAGUGCGUAUGUCUGCUGAUGCUAUGCUUGCAGCUCUGCUGGGCACCAAGCACAAGGCUUCCAUGGAUUUCAGAGCCAACUUGAAAGAAGUGAAGAAGGAGGUCAAAGAGGAGGAGGAAGUCGGUGACUGGCGUAAGAACGUUGAUGAACAGGCUGGCAUGGAUGGCAGGAAGAAGAAGUUUGAGACCGCAUAAAGGACUGAAUUAGAGUAAUUUUGUCAAUCCAUUUAACUUAAACGUAUUUAUGUCAAUUGUAAAAAGCUAUUGAAGAAAACCCAUUUUACCUAUGUCCAACAUUCAAUGCCAAAGUCCAGUAAUUAAUUAAAUACUUUGAAGUAGA